AUGGUUGCGUCUCUACUGAGCCGCAAGGCCUUGUCGCUCGCAGUCGUCUCUCUUCUCGCCUCUUCUGCUGCUGCCGAUGUCUUCGAGAGCUUGUCAUCAGUUCCUCAGGGAUGGAAAUAUUCACGCAAACCCCGUGCCACCCAGGCAAUGAGGCUGCAAAUUGCUUUAGCCCAAGGCGAUACCGCCGGAUUUGAGGAGAGCGUCCUGGAGAUGUCCACCCCAGACCAUCCCAGCUAUGGCAAACACUACCAGACACACGAAGAGAUGAAGCGCAUGCUUCAGCCCAGCGCUGAAGCCGCGGACUCGAUCCGGGAUUGGCUCGAAAGUGCCGGCAUCACACAGAUUGAGCAAGAUGCCGAUUGGAUGACCUUCUAUACCACCGUGGAGACCGCAAACCAGCUGCUGGCAGCUGAUUUCCAGUUCUACGUCAACAGUGUUCAGCACGUGGAGCGUCUUCGCACACUGGAGUAUUCUGUCCCGGAUGCUCUCAUGUCCCAUAUCAACAUGAUUCAGCCCACCACUCGAUUCGGACAACUGCGCGCCCACCGCGCUACUCUGCACAGCGAGUCUAAGGAGACCGAUAUGGCGUUCCGCGCCAAUGCGUUGUCUGCCACCCCUGACUGCAAUAGCGUCAUCACACCAAAGUGCUUGAAGGAUCUGUACAAGAUCGGCGACUACAAGGCCGAUCCCAAGAAUGGUAACAAAGCCGGCUUUGUCAGUUACCUAGAGCAGUAUGCCAGCUACUCCGACCUUGCUUUGUUCGAAAAGAACGUCUUCCCUGAAGCUAAGGGACAGAACUUCUCCGUCGUGCAGUACAAUGGCGGAGGUAACGACCAGCACCCCAAGGGUGACAUCAGCGAGGCCAACCUUGACCUUCAGUACAUUGUCGGAACAAGCUCCCCUGUCCCAGUGACCGAGUUCAGCGUCGGUGGUCGGGGUAUCCUUGUCCCUGAUUUGGACCAGCCCGACCCCAACGACAACAACAAUGAGCCGUACUUGGAUUUCCUCCAAAACGUGCUUAAGAUGGAUAAGAAGGACCUUCCCCAAGUGAUCUCCACUUCCUACGGAGAAGAUGAGCAGAGCGUGCCCAAGUCCUACGCCCGCACUGUGUGCAACCUCUACUCGCAGCUAGGUAGCCGAGGUGUCUCCGUUAUUUUCUCCUCUGGUGACUCCGGUGUUGGUGCUGCCUGCCAGACCAACGAUGGCAAGAACACCACUCACUUCCCACCUCAGUUCCCCGCUGCCUGCCCGUGGGUGACCGCUGUCGGCGCCACAUCCAAGACCUCCCCCGAGACCGCUGUGGACUUCUCCUCGGGUGGAUUCUCCGACCUCUGGGAACGCCCCAAGUGGCAGGAGGACGCUGUGAGCGGCUUCCUACACAACCUGGGUGACAAGUGGUCCGGUCUGUUCAAUGCCAAGGGACGUGCAUUCCCCGACGUCGCUGCCCAGGGUGAGAACUUCGCCGUGUACGUCAAGGGCUCCCUCAGCAGCGUCAGCGGAACAUCUGCUUCCGCGCCUGUCUUUGCGGGUGUCAUCGCCCUUCUCAACGACGCUCGCCUGAAGAACAAGCAAUCUCCCAUGGGUUUCCUUAACCCGUGGCUGUACUCCAACGGUCGCGAUGGUCUGAAUGACAUCGUCGAUGGUGGAAGUACUGGCUGCAAUGGAGCUAGUCGCUUCAAUGGGCCUCAAAACGGUAGCCCCGUCGUCCCCUAUGCGAGCUGGAACUCCACUGAGGGCUGGGACCCUGUGACCGGUCUUGGUACACCCAACUUUGAGGCCAUGCGCAAGCUUGCCAAUGCGGAAUAG